AAAUGCCUAUUGAUCAAAAGCGAAUUAAUGGUCCAGACAUAUCUGUACCAUAUCAUAUUUACUCUAAUAUUGAUAAAAAAAAUGACGCAGUAAAAUAUGAUUUUAAUAAAAGAAAUGAUAAACGAGCCAGUAAUGAAAUGAGAAAAAUAUUUUUAAAAGCAGGUAUUGUUAGCCAGGCGAAAGGUUCUGCAUAUAUAGAAAUGGGUGAUACAAAAGUAGUUUGUUCUGUGUUUGAUCCUAGAGAAUUACCAAAUAAGAACGGCUACUGUAUACAAGGAGAAAUUUAUUGCGAAUUUAAAUUUGCCUCUUUUUCUUGUCAAAAACGAAAAAUUCAUCAGCAAGAUGCAGAGGAAAAACAAUAUAGCUUAAUUUUACAAAGAGCAUUAAAACCAGCCGUAUGUUUGCAUGAAUUUCCUAAUUUUCAAGUAGAUGUAUAUGCAAUGGUCUUGGAUAAUGCUGGAUCUUCAUUGGCAGCUGCAAUUAUAGCUGCUAGUACUGCUUUAGCUAAUGCAGGUGUUCCUAUGUUUGGUUUAGUUACUGCUUCCACUAUAGGUGUAUAUGGUGACCAUUACUUAAUGGAUCCUACGGAUACAGAAGAGGCUGUAUGUAAUACCUGUCCAGAUAACCACAAUGUCCUUAACCAUGGAAUAAUUACAUUAGCUAGUCUUUCACAACAUAAUCAAGUAUCUGAAAUAUUUCUAACUGGAAGUGUUGAUGUAAACUCUAUUGUACAAGCAACAGAAAUUUUAAUGUCAGCUAACAAAGAUAUUUGUCCGGUAGUUCAACAAUGUUUAGUGAAAACUAUUAUGAAACUACAUAACUCAACUAAUUAA